AUGGCCGCGCACUGGUGGGCUCUCCGUGCCAUCAUCGCAUUCGAGAUCCUUCGACAACCUGGCUUCCACCGCGCCGUCGGCCGCAUUCAUCGGACCGUGCACGAGAGGAAACAUGGACGAAACCCGCGUGAGCCGCUCGCGCCAGGCGAGGCAACCGCCGAACCUGGUCGCCGUGGCUUCUUGAGGCUCUUCUUUGACGAACUCAAGAACCAGUUUCAGGGAAAGCCGACCGACCUGCCGCACAACAAGCCGCCCAAAUGA